AUGCAGCUGAACGGAGCCAUGACCUUUGUGACGAGCAACUUGAAGGACUUGCAGGGCAUCCUCCCACAGGUGGUGAAGAAUCUGAAAACGGCCAAGAAGGAGGUGGGUAUCGUCUCUGGCGUGAUCGAUUCCAUGUCUCAGAUCUUGGGUUUAAAGACCCCGCCUUUGCUGCAGCAGAUCGCCGGGAUGUACAAGACGGUGUGGAUCUUGUACUUUGUGUUUUUCUUCCUCUUCACUGGCUUCAUGUUGUUCUACGCCUUUUGGGCCAACGGAUGGUUUGGUGGACCUCAGGUGGAGCUGUCGACCGAGUCACCAGAACCACCACAGACCUUUAUGGAGCGCUUGAGGACCUGCUGUAGCAGCUGCACCGCGUGCCUAUCAGGAUGCACCUCCGGGCACCUUUGCUUCUGGUCUCUUUUGCUGUUAGCGCAGGUCGUGAUUCUGGUCCUGUUUGUAAUCUCCUUGGUGGUGUGCCUCAUCACAGGUCUCCAGGCGUUUUUUGGGCGCUGGCUGCUCCAAGAUCUACCUCCUCACCGAUGCGGAGAUCUGCACUGCGGUCUUGACGAUUUUCCAGACCUUCCUGAAGACUUUUGGCUUCUUCGAGCCCAUCACUGA